CUUGGGAGUUUCACAAGGCACAAAAAUUCCAGAUCAUAUCUCUGCCUCAGCCCCUUCAGGAUAUCCUGUCAUUCAGCCAGAACGUAUAUACAGUUGAGCAUGGUCAAUCUCACCACGACCCCUGGAUUUGCCUGUCUAGAGGCAGAGCUCAUAUAUUAUCUGCUUGAAUCCAGGAAAAGGUCAGGGACGGGCUUAAAAGCAAACACUGAAAUGAGAAAGAAAUCGCUGGGAGUCAUCAGACUAAGUUAAAAUAGCUAAGCAGUUCUGACAGGUGCCUGGCACGGAAAAGGAGCAAAUAUUUCUUCAUUAUGCUACAAAGGAUACUACUUUUCUUUCUUGGAUUGAUUGUGCAAAACCUCUGCUCGCCACCUGAAGCCACAGAGCAGGCAAAAAGAUGCGACAAGAAAUCUCUUCUGACAAUUAGGACUGCGUGUAAAUCCUGCUCACUCAACUUUGGAAUCAAGUGUCCAGAAGGUUACACCAAGAUUACCAAUGGCUCCAUAGGGGUUCGAGAUUGCAGGUACACCUUUGAGGGCAGAAUGCACUUACUGUCUCUCCCUGGAUGCCGCCACAUCUGCAGGAAAGACUACCUCCAGCCCCAAUGCUGCCCCGGUCACUGGGGCCCAGACUGCAUGGAGUGCCCAGGAGGAGCGCAGUCCCCCUGCAGUGGCCGGGGCAGGUGUGCUGAAGGCAUGGAAGGAAAUGGUAGCUGUUCCUGCCAAGAAGGGUUUGGUGGAACAGCCUGUGAAUCCUGUGCAGAUGACAACUUAUUUGGACCCAGCUGUUCAGGAGUGUGCAACUGUGUACAUGGAAUAUGCAGCAGUGGAGUAGAUGGCAACGGAACAUGUGACUGCUUCUCUGCAUACACCGGGCCCCGCUGCGACCAGCCCAUCCCUGAAUGCGCAGCCUUACUCUGCCCAGAAAAUGCCAGAUGCUCACCUUCCAGCAAAGAUGAAAGGAAGCUCGAAUGCAGAUGCCUUCCCAAUUACCACAGCGAUGGCAAACACUGCGAGCCCAUCAACCCCUGUUUACAAAAUGUCUGCCAUCCUCACGCUCAUUGCACGUACCUGGGGCCCAACCAGCACCAGUGCACAUGCCAAGAAGGCUACCGCGGGGAUGGCCAGGUGUGCCUACCGGUGGACCCGUGCCAAGUCAACUUCGGAAGCUGCCCCGUAACGUCCACAGUGUGCAAGUAUGAUGGACCUGGACAGGCCCACUGUGAGUGUAAGGAACAUUACCGCGACUUCGUACCUGGAGUGGGGUGCAGCCUGGCAGAUGUGUGUGAAUCAGAUAACCGCUGCCAUAAGCAUGCAAACUGCACCACCAUCGCCCCUGGCCAGACUAAAUGCACCUGCCAGAAAGGCUAUGUGGGCGAUGGCUCAACAUGCUAUGGACAUAUCAUGGAGCGACUCCGAGAACUAAAUACCGAACCCAGAGGAAAAUGGCAAGGAAGGCUGACCUCUUUCCUCUCGCUCCUGGACAAAGUCUACGCAUGGCCGCUGAGUAACCUGGGACCAUUCACUGUGCUGUUGCCAACAGACAAGGGACCGAAAGGAUUCAAUGUCAAAGAGCUCUUGAUGGAUCCCAAGGCUGCUCAGUAUUUUGUAAAGCUCCACAUAAUAGCUGGGCAGAUGAACACUGAGCAGAUGAAUAACACAGAGACAUUCUAUACCUUGACUGGAAAGUCAGGAGAAAUCUUCAAUGGUGAUAAGGACAAUCAACUGAAGCUUAAACUCUAUGGAGGCAAAAAGAAGAUUAAAAUUAUCCAGGGGAACAUAGUAGCUUCCAACGGGCUUGUGCACUUUCUCGACAGAGCCCUGGACAACAUGGCGCCCACAUUUGAGAGCAACACUGAGCAAACCAUAAUGACAAUGCUGCAACCAAGAUAUAGCAAGUUCAGAUUUUUGCUAGAGAAGACCAAUGUGGGACAUGCUUUAGAGGAUGCUGAGGUUGGCGGACCAUACACCAUUUUUGUUCCAAGUAAUGACGCAUUGAACUCUAUGAAGGAUGGGGCUCUUGAUUACCUCCUUUCUCCUGAGGGGUCUCGGAAGCUUCUGGAACUCGUCAGAUACCACAUUGUCCCAUUUACCCAGCUCGACGUGGGCACGCUCAUUUCCACCCCUCACAUCAGGAGCAUGGCCAACCAGAUCAUAGAGUUCAACACAGCUGACAAUGGACAGAUUCUGGCAAAUAAUGUGACAAUGGAAGAAAUUGAGGUCGCUGCCAAAAAUGGCCGAAUUUACACACUGACUGGAGUUCUUAUUCCUCCCUCCAUCGUCCCAAUUCUGCCUCACCGAUGUGAUGAGACCAAGAGAGAAAUGAAACUGAGCACUUGUGGGAGCUGCUCCGUGGUGUACUGGAGCAGGUGUCCUGCUGACUCUGAGCCCACGACACUCUUCAGACACAAGUGUGUCUAUCUUGGCAAACUAAGAAAUCUGAAGAUCGGCUGUGCCAGAUACUGCAAUGCCACCGUGAAGGUACCAAAGUGCUGCAGCGGCUUCUACGGACCCGAGUGUGUCCAGUGUCCAGGAGGAUUCUUGAAUCCGUGCUCAGGAAAUGGACAGUGUGUAGAUGGCCUUGGCGGCAAUGGGACAUGCAUCUGCCAGGACGGCUUCCAGGGCUCCCAGUGUCAGUUCUGCUCGGAUCCCAAUAAAUAUGGACCACGGUGUGACAAAAAAUGUCUGUGCGUUGAUGGAACCUGUGAUAACAGGAUCGACAGUGAGGGGGCCUGCCUUGCCGGGACGUGCCGAGAUGGCUCUGCAGGGAGAUUCUGCCACAAGCAGACGGUGGCCUGUGGGCCCUACGUGCAGUUCUGUCACAUCCAUGCCACCUGUGAAUACAGCAACGGAACAGCAAGCUGCGUUUGCAAAGCCGGAUACGAAGGGGACGGAAGCCUCUGUUCAGAGACCGACCCUUGUGGAGGGUCCAGCCCUGGGGGCUGCAGCCACAAUGCAGAAUGUCUCCAAACUGGCCGAGGGACCCACACCUGCGUAUGCCAGCAGGGGUGGACAGGGAACGGGCGGGAUUGCUCGGAGAUAAACAACUGCCUGCUGCCUAGCUCUGGCGGCUGCCAUGACAACGCCACCUGUCUGUACGUGGGCCCCGGGCAGAAUGAGUGUGAAUGCAAGAAAGGAUUUCGAGGCAAUGGGAUUGACUGUGAACCAGUAACUUCAUGCUUGGAACAAACUGGGAAUUGUCACCCACUGGCAACCUGUCAGUUUACCUCUGGCCUCUGGAGCUGUGUUUGUCAAGAGGGCUAUGAAGGAGAUGGUCUUCAGUGCUACGGAAAUGCAGCCGUGGAAUUGUCAGCUCUCUCCGAGGCAGCUAUAUUUAACCAGUGGAUAACUAAUGCUUCUCUGCAACCCAUGCUAACAGCCACCGCAAACCUCACUGUCCUCGUGCCUUCCCAACAAGCGAUAGAGGACAUGGACCAAGAGGAGAAAAACUUCUGGUUGACUGAGAGCAACAUUCCAGCCCUAAUAAAGCACCACACGCUGCUUGGCUCUUACGCAGUGGCAGAUCUGCAGGCACUGUCGUCCUCUGACAUGCUGGCGACAUCUUUGCAGGGCAACUUCCUACACCUGGCAAAGGCAGAUGGGAACGUCACAAUCGAAGGAGCGUCCAUCGUCGAUGGGGACAAUGUGGCCACAAAUGGAGUGAUACACGUCAUCGACAAGGUCCUGGUUCCCCAAAGAGGUCUAACUGGCUCCUUACCAAACCUGCUGACCCGACUGGAACAGAUGCCAGACUAUUCCAUUUUCCGGGGCUACAUCAUUCAAUAUAAUCUGGCAAAUGCAAUCGAGGCUGCUGAUGCUUACACGGUGUUUGCUCCAAACAACGAGGCCAUUGAGAGCUACACGCGUGAGAAGAAGCUUGCGACUCUAGAGGAGGACAUCAUCAGGUAUCACGUGAUCUUGGAAGAAAAACUGCUGAAGAAUGACCUUCACAAUGGCAUGCACCGGGAGACCAUGCUGGGCUUCUCCUAUGUCCUCGGCUUCUUGACCCACGACAACCAGCUCUAUGUAAAUGAGGCUCCGGUAAACUACACGAACAUUGCCACUGACAAGGGAGUAAUCCAUGGUUUGGGGAAUGUUCUGGAAAUUCAGAAGAAUCGAUGUGACAAUAAUGACACUACUAUUGUGCAAGGAAAGUGUGAAAAGUGUCCUCACCGGUCCAUCUGCCCAUUGGGAACUAAACCACUGGGUGACGAGUCGAGGAAAUGUAUCUUUACCAUGUAUUUCAACGGCAAGCGAUCCCUGUUCAUCGGGUGCCGACCAAGAUGUGUGAAAACCAUCAUUACGAGAGAAUGCUGCGCCGGCUACUUUGGUCCCCAGUGCCUGCCCUGCCCGGGAGGAGCCAAGAACAUCUGCUCCGGAAGCGGCGUGUGCCUGGACGGCAUGAACGGCACAGGCACGUGUGAGUGCGGAGAGGGCUUCAGCGGGACAGCCUGCGAGACCUGCACCGAGGGCAAAUACGGCAUCCACUGCGACCAAGCAUGUCCUUGUGUCCAUGGGAGAUGCAGCCAAGGACCCUUGGGUGACGGUUCCUGUGAAUGUGACAUUGGUUGGCGAGGCGUGAAAUGUGACAUUGAGAUCACACAGGACAACUGUAAUGGAACAUGCCACACCAGUGCCAACUGCCUUCUCCACCCAGAUGGCACCGCCUCCUGCAAAUGUGCGGCAGGAUUCCAAGGGAAUGGAACAGCGUGCACAGCUAUCGAUGCUUGUAAGACCAGCAACGGAGGCUGCUCUGCCAAGGCUGACUGUAAAAGAACCACCCCAGGAAGCCGGGUGUGUGUGUGCAAGGCAGGCUACACCGGCGACGGCAUCGUGUGCCUGGAGAUCAACCCGUGUUUGGCGAACAAUGGAGGCUGCCACCAGCAUGCAGAGUGCACGCACACAGGACCCAACCAGGCCGUCUGUAACUGUUUGCCCAAAUACACCGGAGACGGGAAAUUCUGCACACUCAUCAACAUCUGCUUAACCAAAAAUGGUGGCUGUAGUGAAUUUGCUAUCUGCAAUCACACUGGGCUGGAUGAAAGGACCUGUACAUGCAAGCCAAACUACAUUGGGGAUGGAUUUACCUGCAAUGGCAACAUCUAUCAGGUGCUUCCCAGGAACCCAAGCACUUCCCAGUAUUACUUCCAGUUGCUGGAACAUUCAGUGCGAGACCUGGUGGGUCCCGGCCCCUUCACGGUGUUGGCACCUUCAUCCAGGGCCUUUGAGGAGGAUCCCCGGAUAAAAGACUGGGACAAGCAGGGCCUGAUCCCCCAGAUCCUCCGGUACCAUGUGAUUGGCUGCCACCAGCUGCUGCUGGAAAAUCUGAAAUUGACAUCAAAUGCUACUUCCCUUCAAGGAGACCCUUUGGAAUUCUCCCUCUCUCAGGGCACAGUGUAUAUAAAUAAUAAAGCUAAGAUCAUAACCAGUGAUAUCAUCAGUACCAAUGGAAUCAUUCACAUCAUAGACAAACUGCUGACUCCCCAAAACCUCCUUAUCACCCCUAAAGAUGCCUUUGGAAGGAUUCUGCAAAAUCUUACAACAGUGGCAAUAAACCACGGCUAUGUCAAGUUUAGCAAGUUAAUACAGGACUUGGGUUUGCUGAGCACCAUCACUGACCCCAUCCACACUCCGGUCACACUCUUCUGGCCCAGCGACCAAGCCCUGCAGGCCCUACCUCCCGAGCAACAGGAAUUCCUGUUCAACCAAGACAGCAAGGACAAACUGAAGGCUUAUUUGAAGUUUCACGUAAUCCGAGAUUCCAAGGUUUUGGCAGUGGAUCUCCCCAGAUCUGCUUCCUGGAAGACCCUGCAAGGCUCGGAGCUGAGUGUGAAGUGUGGAGCUGGCAGUGACAUCGGUGAACUCUUCCUGAAUGGUCAAACAUGCAGAAUUGUGCAGAGAGAGCUCUUGUUUGACCUGGGUGUGGCCUACGGCAUUGACUGUCUACUGAUUGAUCCCACCCUUGGGGGCCGCUGUGACACUUUUGCUACAUUCAAUGUCUCGGGAGAUUGCGGAAGCUGUGUAAAUACUCCCAGCUGCCCAAGGUGGAGCAAACCAAAGGGCCUGAAGCAGAAGUGUAUGUACAACCUGAACUUCAAGAGGAACCUGGAAGGCUGCCGGCAGCAGUGCGUCCUGGUCAUACAGCUACCCAAGUGCUGCAAGGGCUACUUCGGGAGAGACUGUCAGGCCUGCCCUGGGGGACCAGAUACCCCAUGUAAUAACCGGGGUAUCUGCCUUGACCAGUACUCAGCCACAGGAGCGUGCAUAUGCAACACUGGCUUCAACGGGACGGCGUGUGAGCUGUGCUGGCCAGGGAGAUUCGGGCCAGACUGCCAGCCCUGUGGCUGCUCGGACCACGGACAGUGCGAUGAGGGCAUCACGGGCUCCGGGCAGUGCCUCUGUGAGACGGGAUGGACCGGCCGCUUCUGCGACACUCAGGCAGUUUUGCCCCCAGUGUGCACACCUCCUUGUUCAGCCCACGCCACUUGUAAGGAGAACAACACCUGUGAGUGUAACCUGAACUACGAAGGGGAUGGAAUCACGUGCACAGUUGUGGAUUUCUGCAAACAGAACAAUGGGGGCUGUGCCAGUGUCGCCAAGUGCUCACAGAAGGACGUGAAGGUCUCCUGCAGCUGCCCCAAGGGCUACAUGGGGGACGGCCGCAGCUGCGCAGAGAUAGACCGCUGUGCGGACGGCCUCAACGGCGGGUGUCACGAGCACGCCACCUGCAAGAUGACUGGCCCGGGCAAGCACAAGUGUGAAUGUAAAAGCCACUACGUGGGAGACGGGCUGGACUGUGAGCCCGAGCAGCUGCCCAUCGACCGCUGUCUGCAGGACAACGGGCAGUGCCACGCAGAUGCCAACUGUGCUGACCUCCACUUCCAGGACACCACUGUGGGCGUGUUCCACCUACGCUCCCCACUCGGCCAGUACAAGCUGACCUUCGACAAAGCUAGAGAGGCCUGUGCCAACGAAGCUGCAACCGUAGCCACCUUCAACCAGCUCGCCUAUGCACAGAAGGCCAAGUACCAUCUCUGCUCAGCAGGCUGGCUCGAGAGCGGGCGUGUUGCCUACCCCACAGCCUACUCCUCCAAGAACUGUGGAUCUGGUGUUGUUGGCAUAGUGGACUAUGGGCCAAGAAACAACAAGAGUGAGCUGUGGGAUGUCUUCUGCUACCGGAUGAAAGAUGUGAACUGCACCUGCAAGGAUGGCUACGUGGGAGAUGGCUUCUCAUGCAGUGGGAAUCUGUUGCAGGUCCUGAUGUCCUUGCCUUCGCUCACAAACUUUCUGACAGACGUGCUGGCCUAUUCCAAUAGCUCAGCCAGAGGCCGGGCGUUUCUGAAACACCUGACCGACCUCUCGAUUCGAGGCACCCUCUUUGUGCCACAGAACAGCGGGCUGGGGGACAACGAGACGCUGUCUGGGCGAGACAUCGAGCACCACCUCACCAAUGUCAGCACCUUCUUUUACAACGACCUUGUCAAUGGGACCAUCCUGGGGACCCAGCUAGGAAGCCAGCUGCUCAUCACCUCCAGCCAGGACCAGCACCAGCUGGAGACCAGGUUUGUGGAUGGACGGGCCAUUCUGCAGUGGGACAUCUUUGCCUCCAAUGGGGUCAUUCAUGUCAUUUCCAGGCCUUUAAAGGCACCUCCUGCCCCUGUGUCCUCAGGCCACGCUGGCUUGGGAACAGGGAUCUUCUUCGCCAUCCUCCUGGUUACGGGGGCCGUCGCCUUGGCUGCAUAUUCCUAUGUUCGACUAAACCGGAGAACAAUCGGCUUCCAGCAUUUUGAAUCGGAUGAGGACAUUGACGUCACAGAUCUUGGCAAACAGCAGCCUGAGAACAUCUCAAACCCCAUGUAUGAGAGCGCAACCUCGGCUCCCCCAGAACCUUCCUAUGACCCCUUCUCUGACCUGGAGGAGCGGCAGCUGGAGAGCAGUGACCCUCUGGGGGCGCUGUGAGAGCCACCUGAUGCACCCCCUCCCCCCAGGGCCACCCGGCCCACCAAGCCUCCUCAGAAAGGCUGUCAACUGUGAAUCCUCAGCACCGGUUGCCUUUUGGGAAUGUAAGGACCUUUAACAUUUUAAAGUCUGAAGCACUCAGAAACCAUACCUCAGUUCUGUGCUUAAUCUAGGGAACUCUAGUUUCUGUGGGGUGGGGACCCUGUUAAAUCCACCACCUCUACCCCCACCCCACCCCAGGGGGAUUUCUUCCUCCUCUGUCCCUUUCUGUUCCUCCUGCCCUUAGGGGCACUUACUAUAUUCGGCCCCACACUCUGUGACCCUGUCCCGGUCCCCUCUAGAUUGUAAGCUCCUGGAGGCCGAGCCUCCUGCUCCUUUGUAUCUCAGCACCUAACACAGCGUCUGGCAUAUGAACUGUGCUCAAUAAAUGUUUAUGGAAAGAAUAUCAAGACAAUACAACUAGUGUUUGGGAAAACAAAGAGUGUUUUGUACCAGGAGAGGUCACACUUUGAAGGUAAAAUCCAUUUAUGAGGCUAAUUAAAGCCGCAUAAGUUUUUCA